GAGAGAGAAGGCAAAUGUUCCCCCAGCUGUUUCCUGUCUACAGUGUCUGUGUUUUGUAGAUAAAUGUGAGGAUUUUCUCUAAAUCCCUCUUCUGUUUGCUAAAUCUCACUGUCACUGCUAAAUUCAGAGCAGAUAGAGCCUGCGCAAUGGAAUAAAGUCCUCAAAAUUGAAAUGUGACAUUGCUCUCAACAUCUCCCAUCUCUCUGGAUUUCUUUUUGCCUCAUUAUUCCUGCUAACCAAUUCAUUUCCAGACUUUGCACUUCAGAAGCAAUGGAAAAAAUCAGCAGUCUUCCAACCCAAUUAUUUAAGUGCUGCUUUUGUGAUUUCUUGAAGGUCAAGGUGCACAUCAUGUCCUCCUCUCAUCUCUUCUACCUGGCCCUGUGCUUGCUCACCUUCACCAGCUCCGCCACGGCUGGACCGGAGACCCUCUGCGGGGCUGAGCUGGUGGACGCUCUUCAGUUCGUGUGUGGAGACAGGGGCUUUUAUUUCAACAAGCCCACGGGAUACGGCUCCAACAGUCGCAGGGCGCCUCAGACAGGCAUUGUGGAUGAGUGCUGCUUCCGGAGCUGUGAUCUGAGGAGGCUGGAGAUGUACUGCGCACCAAUCAAGCCUACCAAGGCGGCCCGCUCCGUCCGUGCCCAGCGCCACACCGACAUGCCCAAGGCUCAGAAGUAUCAGCCCCCACCUACCAACAAGAAAAUGAAGUCUCAGAGGAGAAGGAAAGGAAGUACAUUUGAAGAACGCAAGUAGAGGGAAUGCAGGAAAUAAGAAUUACAGAAUGUAGGAAGACCUUCCUGAGGAGUGAAGAAUGACAUGCCACCGGCAGGGUCCUUUGCUGUGCAUGAGUUACCUGUAAAGCACCAGAAAAUCUACCAAAAAAUAAGUUCGAUAACUUUCAAAAAAUGAGCAUUCCCCCCAAUGAAAUACACGAGUAAACAUUACAAACAUUGUCUUUAGAAGUGAUUGUUAAAAGCUUUGCACCUUGCAAAAAAAAAAUGGUCCUGGAGUUGGUAGAUUGCUGUUGAUCCUUUAUCAAUAAUGUUCUAUAAAGAAAAAAUAUAUCUAUAUAUCUAUAUAUAUAUAAAUAUAUAUCUUAGUCCCUGCCUCUCAAGAGCCACAAAUGCAUGGGUGUUGUCUAGAUCCAGUUGCACUAAAUUUGUCUCUGAAUCUUGGCUACUGGAGCCAUUCAUUCAGCAGUCUUGUCUAAGUGGUUUAUUAAUUUUUUAUUUGCACUUCUUUCUACACAACACAGGUUGUUUGUUUUACAGUAUCUGAUGACCUUGUUUGUCUGUCUCCACCCACCCCCCUUCAUCACCUUACAUUUGCCAAAUUUGGCCUCUGCCAUAGCAGCAGCAAGCAGUCAAGUGGCAUACCGAUUUUUAAUCCACGAGAUUCUAUCUGUGGCAUUUAUACCAAAUAUAAGUUGGAUGCCUUUAUUUUAGACACAAAGCUUUAUUUUUCCACAUCUUGCUUAAAAAAAUGCAAAUAGUUGCAACUUUGAGGCCAAACAUUUUUAACUGUAUGUGUUAAGCAUAGAAAGUCUCAAACUCUCAACAGUUCCUUCAAAUGAUGAGUUAGUGUGCGACCUAAUUAGCAACUUCUCCCUCUUAAUUUUGUCCAUAUAGAGCACUAUGUAAAUUUCACAUAUCAACAAUACCGGAUAUAUCAAACAGUAUGUAAAACUCUCUUUUUUAGGACAAUGGUGCUAUUUUGUAGUUUGUUAUAUGAGAGAAUCUGGCCAAAACGGUAAAAGGUGAAAGCAAAACAAAAGAGGAUGCCUGGACCCAGAGAUGACACAGAGGGGAAGGGUACUAAUGAUCCACCCACGCGGGAAAGAAGGCAAAGUAUCCCCGAUUAUGCCUUCCAAGAGAAACUGAAGACACAAAGUCCACCGAUGCAAAUUUGUUUGGCGAGUCCAGCAAGGAGUGGGAAAAACAGAAGGCUAGGAGUUGAACAGCCCUGGUUUCUUUUUCUCACCGAAGAACAAACAUCUGCCGACUCGGCCACGGACUCACCACUUUGUGACCUUGGGCAAGUCACUUCACCUCUCUGUGCCUCAGUUUCCUCAUCUGCAAAAUGGGGCAAUAUGUCAUCUACCUACCUCACAGGGGUGGUAUGAGGAUUAAAAAGAUAAAGCUCCAGAUUAUUAUCCUGGGUUGCUAUGAAGGUGCAAAUUCAGAGCCCUCGAGUUGCUGGGGUGCAAGGAAAUCUAUAAACAACCCAUGUAGAGCACAGCUAGGAAAUUGAUUAGCCUAAUGUUCCCGACACGCCAAUUUUUGUCAAUAAAGCUAUUCCAUUAUGUACCCAACUAGCUAGUUGUGAAAAGCUAGCAGCUUGAGCUCUUCUAAAAUAUUUUCAAACUAAGUUAGAGACAUUUGAUUAACAACUAUUUUGAAUUCUGCAUUUGGGUUUAUAAAUAGGAAGCAAAAGGAAAGGAAAAGAAAAAAGGACAAAAACAAAAAGAUUUUUACCAACAAAAGGGUGAUUAGUCAAUUUGUUAACACUCACUGAGUGUUCCAAGCAGUUACUAGAAAUCUAGUAAUAGUUCUUUUAAUAUUAUAAGUGAUACUCAGUUCAUUUUGAAAAACAGAGGUAUUCGUUUUUUAGGCAAUAUUAAAAAUGGCCCAAGAUUUCAACUAUCGAACUAAUAGCUAAUAAAAAAUAAUAGUUCCUUUCUUUGAUAAAUUUUCCUUUUAUCCUUGGCCAUGUAUGUAUAUAUAUUUAUAUACAUAUAUAUAUUUUAAAUUUUUUGUUAAAAUAGACUUGAGCAGAGUUGCUAGCCAAGAAGCAAAAAUUUCCUUCAUGAGUAGAAAUUCUCCCGCAUGUCUGCCUAGAAGAGUGGCCCCAGCCUUCCAUGGAUGUGUCUUAUCCAUUCAGCUAAAAAUUGGUAUCAAGAAAACCCAAUGGCGAGGACAAGCCCGUAGUGACCUAAAAAAUGUUUCCUGUCUAUGUACCAAGAUUUUAUUAGAACAAUGAAUCACCCACCAUUUGGAUCUUUUAUCUGCCCUAUAACUUUUGGAUGAAAAGCAACCAGGUUUGAUUCUUUCAUGUAUAUUGUGUCCCUUUUAUUAUUGGAAAAUAUAUAUGGAAAACAAAAAUGACAUCUUUAGUUUUCAUCCCACUGGUUCACCUUAAGGUUCAGAGGCCAGAAAUAAAAAUAAAUACAUACAUACUUCCUGAAACUCAGAACAUAUGCAAAAAGAAGAUCUGUUUGGUGGGUGCUCCUGCUCAGCCAACAAGUAUUUUAACCCGCAGUGUUAUUUGAAUUGAGCAUCUCAGGCAUGCUGAGCAACGUUCUGACCACUAUGGACAGAUGUAAAAGAAACCAGAAGUCAUUUUUACCCUUCAUCUGUUUUCCAGACAUAUGGGUUCUGUGGAGCGAGGUGCUGCACCUCUCUUUUCAAAAUGGCACUUCUAAUUUUUAGUUUUUGUUCCCAGAGUAUACCUUUUUAAGUUAUUGACUCCCAGCAACACUUUAUGCCAUCUUCUGCUGCCCUACAGGCUUCCAGAUCUGUAGGGAUUAUGGGAUGGGAUGAUUCUGAAAGUGUCUAUGACUUACUUGAUUGACUUAGUAAUUCUAUUCAGGGUCCAAAUGCUCUGGUGAGGAAAGCUUAAAUAGGCAAAGACAUCAUCUUUCUUAACUUUUCCCAACACAUAAUCCUCUCCAACUGUAGUAAGUCAUCUAAUUAAAAAUUAACUAAUGCUUAUAUUAACCCACUAUCUUGUUUUCAAAUGAAUUAAAAUGAAAACUAGGAGACAAUUUCUUGUAAACUCCGAAAGUCAGUUUAUCUCCAUAUACUACAGCAGAACAACCCAGGAUGGACAGAAAGGGAGCAACUAAAAGUUCACAACUAAAAACUUUAUAAGCUUUGCUCCAGAAUUUUAAAGUGAAGCAAUUUCAAGAUAUGCGUGAAACAGUCAUAAAUAUUAGUAAGAACUGGCUUUCAACUUCAUAGGCUUGUCAGUUAAAUAAUGAUACCGAAUGCCUCUCUCAAAUUUUUGUUCCCAUUUCCCCAAAUAGUAUAAUGACAUUGUUGAAACACUUUAAGACAAGGAGGCUCCAUUGAAAAAGCUAACGCAUCUCUCCAUGAGAAUCCACUCUUCUAGAGCUAGAGAAAAACUCUUCCAACACGUCAUACACUCACACACUCAGAGCCCAAUGCAAUAUUAAGGAAAAAAAUCCCUGUUUUGAGAAAUCUUAUUUAAAAAAAAAAGGCUGGCCUCCCUAAGAAUCCUUCCCCUCCUGGGGAUGUCACUGUUUGUGUGGAUAAAAGCAUCUCAUGCCCUGCGGCUCCAGGGUUUCUGUUACUAGUUUAUGCACUUGGGAGUAUGAUUAAAAUGGAUGAUGUAGCACAGUUUUGCUUUCCCAUUUAUUGUUUGGCCAGCUAUGCCAAUGUGGUGCUAUUGUUUCUUUAAGAAAGUACUUGACUAAAAAAAAAAGGAAAAAAAGAAAAAAAAGAAAGCAUAGACAUAUUUUUUUAAAGUAUAAAAACAACAAUUCUAUAGCUAGAUGGCUUAAUAAGGCAGCAUUUGGUCUAGUCACCACCACCUUUCAACUGUUUAUCGCUCACAAGUUGCGGACUGUUCACCAAAUUGUGAGUUUGGGGGUGUAGGGGCAGAAGAUGGAAAUUGUUUAGAAUCAGAAGGCUCCAUUAUUUUGUUGGCUCUCAAACUCAGCAAAAUCAGCACUAUGUUACCCAAUCUGAACACCUUGAUCAGAGCAUGGAAUAUAAAUGGGGGGAAAAUACCUUAUAGGCAAAUGGCAGAACUAAACAAAUGAUUACUUACUGAUUUUUUUUUGGUGCUCUCUGCUCUAAAACAGAUAUUCAGCAAGUGGAGAAAAUAAAAACAAAAAGAAAAAAAUGCAUAGAUUCACCUGCUAAAAAUAGCUUCUGCCACAUCUCCUUGAGUCAAUUUUUGGCAUUUAUUAGUUUAUAAAAUAUAGUCUCCCUUCAUCUAAACAUCUCAAAGAGCAAUAGCUCCCAUUAAAAGCAAUCACUGAUCUCAUUGGGAAAUGUUGGAAAGCAUUUGCUUUUGAGAUGGGGGUUAUCUACUGUUAAGGAAAGAGAAGAAUUUAUGGGAAAUUGUUGAAAGAGAUGGCUAACAAUCUGUGAAGAUUUUUUUGUUAUUGAUUUCUAUUUUAUACAGUCUUUAUGAAUAUCGAAGUAUUCAAAGAUGACUCGGUUCUUUCUUCUUUUUUUCAUAUUGGAAUGAGGGAUGAUAAGUUACACCCACGUAGACUCUUUAAAACUAUAGGCUAGAUAGAAAUGUACGUUCGACGUGUUAAAACUAUAAUCAGACUAUUUAAAAUGGUUUUGCUAUUUCUAAUCUUAAAAGACCGUGCUAAUUUAUUAGAGACAGAUCCUGUUGGGCUCUCUUCAUGAGAAAGAACCUUCCCACUCACAUCACGUGGGCCUUCCCAGCAAUGUUUUCAAAAGAUAAAUCUGACUUAUGCAUCAUUAUGGCAUCAUUUACUUUACAUUUUUAAAAUUUUCAAAUUUAGAAGAAUUGUGAUUCUUUAUAUCCCUCUCCUCCAAUGAUCAUAAAGUCCAGAAUCUGAGAGGGCAAAAACAAGAAGAAAAUUUUGUUGGUUCCUUGUUUCUGGUUUGUUUGUUUGUUCGUUCGUUUUCAAUGCUAGUAUUUAAUCCUAUAAUACAUAUUUGCUUAUUGAUAUUUUAAUAUUCUAGAAGACUUUCCUGUUAGGUAUUAGAAACUGAUGCAUAGAUAUCUUUUUUGUAUUUCUAUUUUUUUUUAAGAAAAGGGAGAUGAGAAGACUGUCUGAAGCUUUAAGUGCGUAUGGUACAAGAUAAAGAUAUCAAUUUAAAUGGCCCAGUCCUAUCUGGUAUAGUACUUUUUUUAGGAAACCUCUCAUAGGUAAGACAGAGGCCCAGAGAAUUUUUGAAACUGUCUUUAUUCCUCCCAGUCCUUAUUCAUUGAGUAUCAGCCUCAAAAUUUUAUAAAGGACUGGCCAAGCAGAAGCCCUAGAAUUAAAGGGACCUCUUUGAAAACAUACAUUUUACAUGUUGCCUCUUAAUUUAUGAUUACAUAUUGAUUUUAAACACGGUCCUUCCUUCUCCAUUCCUCAGCUGCCAUCGGUAAGGCCUAUCAAGAGGGGAAAAACAUUUUUUAAUAAAAAAAGGGAACACAAAAGUCCAAAUAUCACUGCCCCUUUCAAAUAUGAGUUCACAUGGAGGAGAGAGAGUUCCUCUUAAUUAACCCCUACAGAAUCACCUCCAAAAUGACCUUUCACAAUCCUUAGAAUCUGCCCUUUUUUAAUUUCCCAGGCUAACUGUACCCUAAAAUUAUACUUUAUCCAUUUUCUUUUGCCCAAAAUGCACCGGUUGUAAAAGUAGGAAAAAGGAAACCAGGACUCACAAAUCCCUUCCAAGCCACCCAUUGGCCCCACUCACUCACCCGUGGGGAAAUCACUUCUGGUAAUCCCUUAAUCUGAUUUCCUUUGGGUAUUUAUCUUGUACCUGCUGCUAUACACACUGCAGGAGGGAUUCUGAAACCUCGAGCUGUCUACUCACAUCUCUUAUCUGUGUCUGUGUAUCAUUAAUAUGUCUAUUCAAAACAGCAAAACCUUUCAAACAUGCAGCUUAUAUUCAGUUUACAUAAGGGCCCCAAAUACCAUGUCGUAUCUCUUUUUACAAAGAGGGCUGAUAAACUAUGACAAAUGGGAUUACAUCACGCGUUGUGCUUCAGAUGCUUUUAUCACACUUAUAGGCUAAGAGUGAUAAAUAAACUUACAGACACUGAAUUAAUUUGCCCUGCUACUUUGGAACCAGAAAAUAAUGAUUGGUCAUUCAUUAUGUCGUAGUUCAAAAUCAUAUUUUUUAUUAAAUUAACUCUGAUUGUAUUUGAAAUUAUUAUUCAUUUAUGGCAGAAGAAUAUCAAUCCUAAUGACUUCUAAAAAUGUAACUAACUGAAUCAUUAUCUUACAUUUACUGUUUAAUAAGCAUAUUUUGAAAAUGUAUGGCUAGAGCGUCAUAAUAAAAUUAUAUAUCUUUCUUUAGUAAUUACAUUAAAAUUAAUCAUGUUUGAUUAAUUAGUUCUUUUGGA